GCACAACAGAAGCAAGUUCACGGCAAUAUCGUGUGACAAGAAAGAGAAACUCGCAUCAUGCUAUCAAAAUACAAUUUCAAAUUGAUCGUAUAGAACACAAGUAAGAGACUAUCGAAAGCCGAAACUCAAUUAACCGAACCCAGCUUAGGACGAUAUACGGAGUGGCAUCACAACUACUGAAGGGCGCUAUGCAGCAGAACCAGCAACAUCGGAGUGUGAACUCCAAUACUAAGCAAUACAAUCAGAACACGGCAAGGAAUAUAGGAGACGAAUGCUCGUCUGACUCUCCUGGUUCGCUUGAGUUAGCUGAUAAUUCUAGCUUCGAUUCUAACUCAGAAAAUGCCACAGAGUCUAUACGGAAAAUAGGUUCAAGAUCUGAGAAGGACAUUAGAGGUACGGACGCGACAGUGGAUCAAAGACAAAAUGAAACAACUGCAGGUAGAAACAGUUUGAUUGGGGGCCAAAGAGCUGACAUGCAACAGGGGCGGAAGGGUAUGGGUGAUCUCACUGAGGCGCUGCAUAGUUAUUUCAAAACAGAUAGUUCGAAUGACUGUCAAACUCUGAGUGGAUUGAAUCACGACAAGGAGAGUAGUAGCCCGACUGAUUUUGGCAGUAAUACCACGCGUUCCGAGAUAGGGAGUCAGGGCGCGUCCGCCACUGCGGCAGAACAGAGAAUCGGUCGUUCAGCGAGCACAGGGACGGAGGGUACUGUGAUAUCCCAUAGGUGCGAGACUGGGUCGAAAACCCCUGAGGAUACACAGGCUGGAAGGACGAUGUUCAGUCAAGAUGGGGAUUACACGGGUAGUUUCGUCAGUGAGAAGCAAUAUAUGAAACGUAUCAAAAGUGAAGACGAGGAAAGCACCGCAGUCUGCAAUGAUGGUGUCAAUAAUCCUAGUGAGCAUACCAAUGUGAAUGAUAUCACCGCGAACAGUGCCAAUGGUCUGAAAUUCGGCAGUAAAUUUGACGAGAAGGACAGUUUGUCUUUCAGCGGCAGUGUAGCGGGGAGUUCUGCCAGCAAGCUGUCACGUCGAAGGCGCAAGGCGGCUGAGUUAAAACGUGCCUAUUUUUGCAAGUACGAUAGGUGCGGGAAGACGUACGCGAGUAAUCACGCGAGAAAUUUACACUAUCGACUGAAGCACGCGAGAGGCAAUAGUGUGUUCUGCGAUCUCGCAAAAUCGCCUGUAGCCACCAUUCCUGCGAUACCCACGGGUGAUCGCAGCCAUCUCCUGCAUACCGCACCAAAGAAGCAUAUUCCAGUACAACCCCGUCCGAUAGCUAUGAGACCCACUGUGAAUGGUGGUGCUAAGCUAGUACCACGUGCGGUACAGUACUUAAGAAUACAAAAUGGUGUGCCCAUACCUGUAGCUGUGUCAAUGCCUAUGGCUUCCGCCGUCACAGUGCCAUCGCAACUAAUGAUUCUUCAGCAAGACGGAAGCACUCUUGUGAGAUGCGUGGAGGGAGCCAUCAACCAAGGCGCUUCUAAUUACGUCAGCAACAUUCAAAGUUCAGUCCUUUCGCAGUUGAAAUCACAAGUUCUGAAGAACGAAUCUCAGGAAGAGUACACAUCCUGUGGAUUCACUAACCACAGACAAAUGCCAGGCGAAGAUGUUAAUCACUCUUCCGACCACACCCGUCGACAGAUUCAUGGCGAGCAUGUUCGCACUAUGAUGCAGCAAACUGAGGCCCAGCAGUCGCACCAUCCUUGUGUUCAUUCCGAAGUGCCAAAGGACAUGCAUGUGCGUCAGAGAAAAGGGUCGAAGAAGAGGAAAAAUAAUACUGAUCGCGGGGAUGUUCCUGUGGUUUUGUCCACGCCGACGCCAUCAGCGCCUAUUGCACCAAUUAAUGGGGAUGGAUUGGUGAAUGUGAACACGAACUACAGCACUAUUCCAUCGCCUGGCACCAACUUGCCACCAAUUAAUGGGGAUGGAUUGGUGAAUGUGAACACGAACUACAGCACUAUUCCAUCGCCUGGCACCAACUUGCCACCAAUAAAUGGGGAUGGAUUGGUGAAUGUGAACACGAACUAUAAUUCCAUACCACCGCCUGGUGCCAACUUCAUCACACCGAUGCAACACCACAACCCACAAGAGUGUCCUAGUCAGGUACAGGGCUGGGCGCAGCAACAGCAGCAACAGUCGAUCAAUGCGCGUGUGCAAAACAUAGUGAAAAGAUCGAUUUGUUCGUGCAAUCAUCAGCGACAAGACCAGGAUUUCCUUACUCAGGAAUAUGAUCGUGGAGGUGGUAGUCCACAUUAUGAGGUCUUCAACCCCACUUGCAGCGAACAACAGCAGCCUACGCUCAAUCACAGGCUCAUGGAGGGACGUUCGCAACGACAGGACUGGGUAUCCAUUUCACCUACGUCGUCCACCCAAGGGUCGCCAGACGUGGCAUAUUUAUAUGGAUCAGAUGAGAAAGUACCACACGUGCAUUUUCAAUCGAGGGAUGAGAAUAUGGGCAACUACCAACCACUCGAACCUACCGUGUACGGUAACACAAACGAGGGUGAAUGCAGGCGGAGCACGGGCGGGCGUCGCCAAUCUCCCUGCAAUUAUCCAUACGUUACCGUACAGAACGCUGGACAGACUGUAAGAGAUGAUUUCGAGCGGCCAACACGAAACAUGCGGUACAAUGGGAUGUGCCAAGCGAGCAACGGUCGCGAUCUCCGUAACGAUACACAGAAUCGGCAGACUCACUCCGCACAGCGACAAUGCCAAAACCAGCAGCCGCAGGUAGUACAGAUGCAAAUGAGUACUUCGCCGUGCAAUACUAGAGUUCAAGGUCAACAAUGGCCUCAGCACGAAUCAGUUUAUGUUUGCAAUAAUCACCAUCUGAACCCGACGGUGAGAAACCAGGAGCCGCAAGAGACCAUGUAUCACAAUCAACACGUGUCAAACGCUCAGCAUUUACCAGUUUACGCUAGCAACAAUCAUCACGGAAGUACAAUGGUGAUAGAUCAGGAGCCACAUGAUGAAAUGUAUUCUAAUCAACAGGGGUAUAUAACUAACACGCAGCAGGAAGAAGUUUACAUGGGCAAUAAUCAAUAUGAAAAUUCGGAGGUGAGGAAUCAACAACAGCAGGAAGUAAUACCUUCAAAGCAUUAUCAUCAUAACCAUAUAUCCAAGAGGGAUCGAAAGCACACACGGUCGAAGAAGAAACUUUUUUCCACUUCCGACGGCAUCGGCGGUUGCGAUCACCGCGGGUCUGUGCCGCAGAAUCGUCAAUAUCAUCAAACACAUCUGCAAUAUCAAUAUAAUCAGCAGUAUCCAAGCCAACAGCCUCAGCCUACCCAGGUGCAAGGGAUGGCGCAAUCAAGCGAUUCUAGCGCUCAAGACCAACAGUGGACUCAGCAGCAACAGUACCGCAUGAGUAACAUGUACUCUACAAACCCGCCGAUGAACAACGGCCCUCAGAAUAGAGGCGGAUACUUGCGACAAUGA